AUGGCUGAACCACCCACGCCCGAUUUGUCACAUUUAAGUGCAGAAGAACGACAAAUUAUUGAGGAAGUACUUCAACGACAACGUGCUGAAGAGGAGAAAGAAACACAACUUAGCCAAAAAGCAGAUGAAGAAUUGGAAGCAAUCGAAAAGCAAAUCAAUCAACGAAAAGAGAUUGCACAACGUCUUGUUGGUACACAGGAUGAUGCCAUCUGUCAAAUUUGUCAAAAAACUAAAUUUGCAGAUGGCAUUGGUCACAAAUGCUUUUAUUGUCAAUUACGAUCGUGCGCUCGUUGUGGUGGUCGUACGGCAAGUAGAAAUAAACCAAUUUGGGCGUGUUCAUUGUGCCAACAACGACAACGAAUUCUUGCUAAAACUGGCAAAUGGUUUCAACAAGCUGCAAUGGCUGAUGAAGCUAAAGGGACAGCUAGUCCAGGUGACAUAAGUCCUACCUAUUCUGCACCACGAACACCAGUAUCAUCGAUGAGUCGUAAGAGCAGUAUGAUAAGUCCAACAACACGAGCAGCCAAUAAUGCCUCAUCAUCUUUGGUAACAUCUGCUGGCCUAGGCUCAAAUAUGCAAAUAUCAUCAUCAGCCAUAACCAUUCAUUCCGAUGCUAAAAAAUCUGUUCCGGUAAAGCAAGAACGAUCACAGCUAACACGUAAACCAGUAAAUUCAACCAUUAAACGACAAACGACACUUUUACGACAACCAUCUCUUGAGACGGAACGUCGAAAUGGUACAACCGAUUCUAUCACAACACAUCAACAUGAUAGCUCAAAACAACACAAUGAUUUAGAUGAAUGUUCAGCUGAUCGAUCGAUAAGUGCUGAAAGUUUUGAUCAAAUGAUACCAACUGAUUAUAAAUUAUCAUCACAACAAACUAAAACAAAUCAACAAAUCAAUGAUAAAAAAUUUUUGCAAAAUAAAUUAACCACUGAAUAUGAUUAUGUAAAGAAGAAUAGGACUAAAAGUCCUGAAAGAUUACGACAACAACAACAACAACAACAACAACAACAACAACAACAACAACAACAACAACAACAACAACCUGGUAGAUCAUUUGAUGAUCAAAAUCAAAGGUAUCAAUCUCGAGAAAAAUCAGAUAUUAUAAAUCGAGAUGAACGACAGCAAAAAGAAAUGGAAAGUGGUAUACAAUCUGAAAAGAAUACUUGUUCCACUGUUGUUGUUAGCGUAAAUUCGGGUGGUGGCGCUGAAUUACGUCGUUCACGUAUCGUACGUGAAACUGAUUCUAAACAAUUAAUUCACCAACUGAAGCUGAAAUAUGUUAUUAAUGAUAAUUAUUGA